AUGUGUACUUGCCUCAGAGGCCUGAAUGGUUUGGGUGGGCUGAAGCGGAUGACGGAGCUUUGCAAGACGCGCGUGCCCGAGGGCCUCAUGGAACGGGCGGAGAAGGCUAACACUUCCGAUGAGGCUUUCAAGGAGUUUGGCAUCCAGGAGGGCGUGGCCAUGUGCAAAGCACUGCUGGAGGGUGGAGCGCCGGGUUUGCACUUCUACACCCUGAACCUGGAGAAAGUCGUCGUUGGUAUUCUCAAGGGCCUGGGAAAGAUCAGCGAUGCCCAGGCAGCAGCCUUCCAGGCAGUCGAGGCGGAUGCCAAAUUCAUGGUGUCGGCCCAAGGCAUCACCACGGGCACAAAGGCCGGCAACCGGCCAGCACUGCCGGGCAACCGCCCGUUGGUGGAGGCAGACCCUGCGAUGCACGAGCUGGUGCAGCAGGAGAAGGCCCGGCAGAUGCGAUGCAUCGAGCUGAUUGCCUCGGAGAACUUUACCUCCCGGGCUGUGAUGGAGUGCCUUGGGUCGGCGCUGACCAACAAAUACUCCGAGGGUCAGCCAGGAAACCGCUACUACGGUGGCAACGAGGUCAUUGACAAGGUGGAGAACCUGUGCAAAGCGCGCGCACUGAAGGCAUUCAGCCUUGAUGAGAAGAACUGGGGUGUGAAUGUACAGCCGUACUCGGGAAGCCCAGCCAACUUCGCUGUCUACACUGCGCUGCUCCCCCCUCAUUCCCGUGUCAUGGGUCUGGAUCUGCCAAGUGGUGGACACUUGACGCAUGGCUACUACACUGCCCGAAAGAAGAUCUCAGCGACUUCCAUCUACUUCGAGUCUUUGCCCUACCGCGUGCACCCAGAAACCGGACUUAUCGAUUUCGAUGAGCUCCGCAAGACAGCCCUCGUCUUCCGACCUGCGAUGAUCCUCUGCGGAGCCUCCGCGUACCCUCGCAUCAUCGACUUUGGAAAGUUCCGUGAAAUCGCAGACGAAGUUGGAGCGAUCCUGAUGGCAGACAUCGCCCACAUCUCCGGGUUGGUCGCCACCGGGGAGCAUCCGUCGCCCUUCGAGCACUGCGACGUUGUGACCACCACCACCCACAAGUCUCUGCGCGGACCGCGGGCUGGAAUGAUCUUCUUCAAGUACACAGAGAAGAUCCCCGACAUCAAGGAGCGCAUCGACAUGGCCGUGUUCCCGGCCCUUCAAGGUGGUCCUCACAACCACCAGAUCGGUGCCCUGGCCGCUCAACUCCUGGAGGUGGACACGCCCAUGUUCAAGGACUACGCUCGCGCGGUGAAGGCGAACGCCAAGACGCUGGCAGAGACCCUUAUGGGAAAGGGCCACAAGCUGGCUAGCGAUGGCACGGACAAUCACCUCUUGCUUUGGGACCUGCGCCCCCAUGGCCUUACAGGCUCCAAAGUUGAGAAGAUCUGCGAAGCGGCCUCCAUCACCCUGAACCGCAACGCUGUGCACGGCGAUGCCUCGGCUUUGUCUCCCGGAGGUGUCCGUGUGGGGGCCCCGGCCAUGACCACCAGGGGCUGCACCGAGCAGGACUUCAGGAAGAUCGGAGAAUUCCUGGACCGCUGCUGCCAGAUCGCCUUGAAAAUCCAGGCGGAGAAGGGCAAGAAGCUCAAGGAUUUCGAGGCUGCCAUCCCAGGAAAUUCCGAGGUCACGGCACUGAAGAAGGAGGUGGAGGAGUGGGCGAGCCGAUUUGGUGGCACGGUCUGCCUGCUUGACAGCCGGAUCCUGUUCGUCCAUCAGCUGCCCUUCCAUGUCUGCCUCUGCGGGUGGGACAAGGUUGGCAAUCGUCUUUCUGGUGUAGUAAUAGAUGAGCAGGCCAUCCGGUGUGCGAUGCAAGAAGCUGGCUUCGCAAGAGUAGAGGUUGAAAGUGCAGUCACGGCCGGGUUUGAGAAGCGCAACUUGUCCCACAAGGGCGCUCUCGGAGGUCAAUCUGCCUCUGCCGGCCUCUUCUCGGUUCGCGGAGCUGUUUCUGUUAUCAGCAGCACCAACUUCUUCACGGCCUCUCCAAUGGGCGUUCGUGAUGGCGUGGACUACAUGUAUGCUGGCGUGAUCCGCUCGAUCAACAAAGAGUUGCUGCAGCGCCAGCUUCAGGACGGCGCGAUCGUGUCAAUGACCUCACUUGGCUCCAGCCCGGGGGGCGAAGUAUUUUACGUCUCGUCUGAGGAGUUGGCUGCCAAAGUGGCCAGCCGACUUCAAGCGAUUAAGCUUGCACCGACCUCAGCCGAACUCUUUUUCUAUGCUUGUGAAAUCCAAGAGAGGUCCGUCUGUCCAUUGUUUUUCAAUAACGCAUGCUUGGCCCAAGACGUACUCGUUUCAGCCGGCAGUCUUGUGCUGUCAGCGAAUGAUGAAGGACUCGACCAGAACAAAUCUCGUGGCUUUCUGAUGCCUUUUGAGAACAGAGCAUACGCAGCUUUGAGGAGCUUGGUGAAUUCAUCAAACCUUGUCGGUGCAAAGAGCCUGUUCACCGCAAGUGCCAGCCUGGACACCUGGAGGGCCUCGGGCAUCAACCCGGCCAACAUCACGCGCUGUGAAGUCUGCCAGUAUCACUAUCGCUUGGGCAGAGAUGCCCGGCCACGGCACGUUCACAUGUUUGUGUAUUCCAUCGCACUGGUUCAGAUUUUGCUCUUUCUUGCUCUGUCCGUGGCCGCCGGCUUCAUGAUCAGAGCGACAAAAUUCACUGAUCUGAUCAACUGGGGCAGGCUCAGCUUCAUGAUGCCAGACACGGACAGAGGUUGGAUCUUCCUCGGAUGUUGCUUCAACUUCUUCUGCAUUGGUGUUUUUGCCACCGUGAUGCUCCUGUACCGGCUGAUACAAAGAAGGCACAGAAGCCCAGCGCGACAAGCCGCACUGCAGGCAUCUUCGCGACGCAGCACGUGGCUUGAUAAUGCGCUGCGAACACGAAACCGGCGACAGGACUGCUGCGGUGACUGCUGCUAUACAACUGACGACUCAUUAUGCUUGUGGUGCUACUAUUGCUGUUCGGGUCCGAACUGGUACUGUCCUUUAGAGGGCUGCUGCUACAACUGCGACAUUGGAACCGCAAGAUGCUUCGAUGCGUGUGAAUGCUGCAGUAAAGGAUCUGGUGGUGGAGGCGCAGGAGGAUGUUGUGACUGUUGUGAUUGCGGCGGCUGUGGCUGUGAUGGAGAUGCCGGCAUUUUUGCUGUCAUUCUGGGAGCGAUUGCUGCAGCAGUUGCAGUUAUUCUACUCGCCAUUGGCAUGUUCGUGUUUUUCUGGGUGAUUUUCUACAAUGUGUUCAACGGAAUAUUCAUGAACCAUUCCUUCCUGCACUCCGCGGCAGCUGAGAGGUACCACGUUCUCCCCUAUGACGUUGCAUAUGAUACAUCGAUCCGAAAGACUGCCACGCCGGAGUCGGCAUGGCCAACUGAGCCUGUGACACCGCCGAUUCAGCAGGGCAUGCACCAUGUGGAGAACGCUAGAGUCGUGGGCAAGAUGGAGGAAUCGAUAGCCUGUAUGCAAGCACACGACGCUCGCCAACUCUUGAAGCACCUGGAAUGUCCAGCUGAAGGCUCCUACACCGACGAGGAGCAGCAGUCCGAUUGGUUUUGCGACUUCGUGCGGAGCCUGAGGCCAGACUGUCGUGUCUGCAUUGCCAAAGGAGCAAGUCGUGGACACCUGGUCGCAGCUUUUCCCGGGUCCUUGCUGCAAGAGUUCUACACCACGGAUGGAAGCGGCACUUGUGUGGCCCAGGAUGUUUACCAGGGGCUUGGCUGCGCAACCCGGGCGGACACGUCCUCCAUCGCGGAACUCCUGGGAGCGGACUCGGAGGAGCCUGUGGAGUUGGAGGCGGUCGAGGCCAGCUGUGCGGCGGCAGAGUUCUUUGUCUGGCGUCGUGAUGAGGUGGUGCUGGGAUGCGGGCAGCUCGUGGCGCACUCGGUGCAGGAGUCGGGCAAGGUGGUCGCUGAGUUGAGACACUUGUCCUGCGCCUUGGGAACCUUCGUGGCCAACGCCCCCGCGCUCUUCGCAUAUGCGGAGCGAGCCGCCGUUCUCGGCGGCGCCCCGCUGAUGGCCGUGAG